AUGCAAAAUGUGAAUUGCCAUGAUGGCGGAGGAUGGGAAUGUGAUUGGCUGAGGCAAAAUCGCCACGCAUGCAUUGAACGACCGCUGCGGGGGAUUGCCAUCAAAACGACGCCUGGGUGCACGUACAGUGCAGUAGUUGACGAUCAAUGCAAAACGUGGUGUCCGGGAGAUUGGCCACUCAGUAGAGCCGGGCUGGCGCAUGCUUGUCCCCUCGUACCAAACCGGAAACUAUCUUUUCUCACUGCACUCCGCACGCCAUUCACCAUGGAACCAGGGGACUCGGAUCUCAAGCCCUCAUCCGCCCCUCCGAAAUGGAAGUUCUGGGCACGCAAGGAGAAGGUGCCCGAGGAAGAGAGGAAGUACCCUCCCGUUCCUUACAUCAGGCUCUUCCGGUACGCCUCCAACGCAGAUAAACUCAUGUUGGGGUUGGCGCUCCUAGCAGCAAUUGGUCACGGCACCCUGCUCCCCAUCCUCACUGUCAUCUUCGGCGAUGUCGUCGACCAGUUCGGCCCGUUCUUGACGGCAGGCGCCAUCGAAUCGGACAUCGAUAUUUCGGACAGCAUUGCAUCAAAGGUUAAUCUCUUCCUGUACCUUGCAAUCGUCGCUUUCGCCUUGUCUUUUCUCCAGUUGAGUCUCUCAGUUAUAGCCGCGAAUCGCAUCGGUAAUGACCUUAGGAAGAAGUUUUUCGACAACCUUACCAGACAGGAUUGCAACUUUUAUGAUGAUAGCGAAGCUGGGUCUCUCACACACAUCGUCAUCUCAGACGUCAAUCUCAUUCAAGGCGGCAUAGGGGACAAGCUCUGUACCGCCGUCCAGUAUUUCACCACGUUCGUCACAGGCGUCAUUGUUGGCUUUGCAUACGGCUGGAAGCUUACGCUUCUGAUCCUUGGUGUCACUCCCAUUCUUCUUGUCGCCGGUGCUGUCUUUGGAAACGCCUCAGCCGACGCCACUGGUGACGGUCUUGGUGCAUACGGAGAGGCUGGUGGUGUCGCUCAGGAAGUCUUUUCGCUCAUACGUACAGUCACCGCUUUUGGUGGUCAGGAGGAUGAGCUCCGUAGGUAUGAAAAGAGCCUCGACAAGGCUUACAUCGCCAGCGUUAAAGCCGCAAUUGCCUCGGGCUUUGGCUUGGGAACUGCCAUGUUUUGCAUCUUAAGCACGUAUGGUCUCGCCUUCUUUGUGGGUGCAAACCUGGCUCGUGUUUCUGAUCCCGAGAUAGAACCCGAGAUGUCUCCAGGUGAUAUCGACCCUCAAAAUGACGACGGACUCAUCCCUACCGAGCCAACCACCGGGCACGUUACUUUUGAGAACCUCGACUUCAACUAUCCGAAGAGAAUCACUGAGGAAGGGGUCUCCGCCCUCGUACUUGACAACUUCAAUUUAGAUAUCGCGGCAGGCACUUCUGAGGCUUUCGUGGGCAAAUCUGGAUGUGGAAAGAGUACUCUCGCCAGGAUGAUUCAGCGUUUUUAUGAUCCUAUCGCAGGGUCUGUUCGUCUAGAUGGUGUAGACAUCCGGGAGUUGAAUGUCCGCUGGUUGCGCUCCCAGAUCGGUGUUGUGGCUCAGAUGCCAUCUCUGUUCAUGCUUUCCAUCCGGGAUAAUAUUGCACUCGUUACAAACGACGAUAUCAUUGAAGCAGCAAAGCUCGCAAACGCUCACAACUUCAUUAUAAAGCUACCAGAGGGCUAUGACACAAUGCUUGGGGAGCGCGGUGCGAUGCUGAGUGGCGGUCAGAAACAGCGAGUCUGUAUCGCUCGUGCCCUGAUUCGCAAUCCAAAGCUUCUCAUUCUUGAUGAGUCAACCGCCGCACUUGACACAGCUAGCGAAAGGCUGGUCCAAGACGCCCUCGACAAGGCUGCUGCCGGCAGGACCACUGUCACCAUUGCUCAUCGGCUCAGUACGAUCCGUAACGCUGACAACAUUUCUUGUGUGGAUGGAGGAAAGGUGGUUGAGAGAGGACCUCAUGAUGAGCUGGUGAGGCGCGAGGGAGGCUUUUACCGUGCCGUUCAUGAUCUGCAGAAUGUCCAACGGGAUAAAAUGCAGAAAGAGAAGGAAGCGGAGACAGAGGAUGACAGCGAUUCAAAAUUAGCUCCUGUACUGGCGGCGCAGAAGUCUAUGAGUAAAACGGCUCAUUCUACAUCUGUACGAGACGCCCUUGCGGUAGAAGAAGAAAAGGCUCUUGCAGCUGUGGAUAAGGGGGUUUUCUGGAGAACCGUGAAGAUGAACAAGGGUGAGUUCUCCUACAUGUUCAUCGGAAUCUUGGGUGCCGUUGCAGUUGGUGUGGUGUGGCCAAUUGCGGCGAUCUCGCUGACGGAACUCGUUGAGAUCAUGCUCACGGAAAACGAUCCAUCUGAUGUACGGGUUUGGGCCCUAUCUUUCAAGCUGACGAGGCGCAUUCGUUCUGAUGCUUUCCGUGCACUCCUGAGACAGGAGAUGGGCUACUUCGACAUGGAGGAAAACUCUGUUGGUGCACUGGCAGGGCGCCUUUCUUCGGAUGCCGGUGCUAUCAAGGGUCUAACGGGUGACCUCUUUGGCGUUGGUGUCAAUGUGCUUGGUGCGCUGGUAGCGGGACUUACGAUUGCAUUUGUGAACUGCUGGGAACUUACCCUUGUUGUCCUUGCCAUCAUUCCUGGAAUUGCAUUGGGUGGUUACUUUGAGAUGCAGGCCUCUGCUGGCAUUGACUCUGGAGCCCGUAAGGACUUCGCACAGGCGAACGUGGUUGCAGCUGAAGCUGUCGACAACAUUGCUACGGUUAGAACUCUUGGACUGGAGGAUUACUUCGCCUCUCGAUAUAGCAAGAUGAUUCACAAAACCAGGCGCGAUAAGCUGCGCAAAGCUGUCGUUACUGCUAUCGCUUUCGGUUUCUCUGAGUUCUGCCAGUACUUGCUUUGGUAUGCAACAUUCAAGGCAGGUGGCAACUUCGUGCGCGAUGGGAGAUGCUCGUUUAAGGAAAUGCUUUUGUCUUCAAUGGCUAUUCUGUUUGCUGCUAUCACGUUCGGCAACGUUUCCGUGUUCGCUCCUGAUGUUGGCGCUUCCCAAAUCGGGGCCACGCACAUUUACCGACUUCUGGACCGAGAGAGCGAGAUCGACCCCACCAGCAAGGAUGGAGAAGACGUUGAUCACGUUGCCGGUGAUGUGUCCUCCAAGAAAGUUUAUUUUGAAUACCCUCGCCGUCCAGAUGUGCCUGUCUUGCGUGGUCUCUCUAUCGACGUUUCAAGAGGUAAGACCCUAGCUCUCGUCGGAACAAGUGGACAUGGAAAGAGUACUAUUAUCUCCUUGCUGGAACGGUUUUACUCUUAUCGGGAAGGAACUAUUCACAUCGAUGAACAUGAAAUCUCGAAAGCACGUGUGGCAACUCUUCGAAACCACAUUGGUUUGGUUUCCCAAGAACCUGAACUCUUCAACCGGUCUGUGUUUGAAAACAUAGCGUAUGGUGCUCCCCACGAAGACGGCACACCGAUCACAAUGACAGAUGUUAUCGAGGCUGCCAAGAAGGCCAAUGCCCAUGAGUUUGUGUCUGCUCUUCCGCAAGGAUAUGACACAGUAGUAGGACCUCGCGGCGAUGCAUUGAGUGGAGGACAACGACAACGUGUCGCAAUUGCGAGGAGUUUGAUUAGAGCUCCUCCGGUUCUGCUGCUUGACGAAGCUACUAGCGCUUUGGACAGCGCAAGUGAGCGCUUAGUUCAGGCAGCCUUGGACAAGGCUUCCGACGGUAGGACAACAAUUGUUGUCGCACAUAGAUUAUCGACGAUCAAGGAUGCUGAUGUAAUCGCCGUCGUGCGGAAAGGUCGCAUUGUAGAGUCAGGGACACAUGGUGAGCUACUUAGAAAGAACGGCCACUACGCCGAUCUGGUUCAGCACCAGCUCUCGGAUGUUUAGAAUACAGUUGUGCAGUUUACAAAUCCUUUUCGCAUCAUAAAUAUACCAAGCACGUCGUCUGUCAAUCAAACAGUUUGAAUACAGAUACGUUAGCGAUAA